UCAUUGUCCCAAAACUGAGCCAAGCAAUCAAAGAUGGGUUCUGCCUCAAAAACUGAUAAACCACAUGCUGUGUGUAUCCCAUAUCCAGCUCAAGGCCAUAUCAACCCUAUGCUAAGCUUGGCUAAGCUUCUCCAUCAUAGAGGUUUCCACAUAACUUUCGUUAACACCGAGUACAAUCAUAGGCGUCUGCUCAAGUCGAGAGGCCCCGACUUGCUCGAUGGCUUGCUAGAUUUUCAAUUCCGAACCAUCCCCGAUGGCCUUCCGUUCUCUGAUGCCAAUUCUACCCAAGAUAUUCCUUCCCUUAUCCAAUCCACCUCCAAGAAUUGUUUAGCUCCCUUCUGUGAUCUUGUUUCUCAACUUAACUCAACUACUGACGUCCCGCCGGUUAGCUGUAUCGUUGGAGAUGCUAUCAUGUCCUUCUCUAUGUUGGCUGCCAAUGAGUUUAAAAUCCCUUAUGCUUUGUUUUGGACUGCUAGUGCUUGUGGCUACUUGGGUUAUAUGCGUUAUCGUGAGCUCAUUGAGCAAGGUUUGGUACCACUUAAAGAUUCAAGUCAUAUAAUAGAUGGAUAUUUGGAAAAUACAGUAGGAUGGACGGAGGGAAUGAAAAGUAUACGUUUGAGAGAUCUUCCUAGCUUUCUUAGAACUAUAAACUCAGAUGAUAUCAUGCUAAAUUUAGUCGAUGAACAAAUGAAAAGAUCUCGAGAAGCUUCAGUGAUUAUAAUAAACACAUAUGAAUCACUUGAACGAGAUGUUUUGAAUUCUCUUUCUUCAAUCCUUGAGUCUAUUUACACUAUUGGUCCACUUCACUUGCUUGCGAACCAAAUAGAGGACCAAAGUUUAAGAGCAUUAGGCUUAAAUCUUUGGGUUUCGGAACCAGAGUGUGUCGAGUGGCUGAACUCAAAGGAUCCCAACUCGGUUGUUUACGUAAAUUUUGGUAGUAUAACGAUGAUGACACUAGAGCAAUUGAUCGAGUUUGCUUGGGGAUUAGCAGACAGUAAGAAGCCAUUCCUAUGGAUUAUACGACCGGAUAUAGUUGUUAGAGAUUUCGCCUCUUUGUCGUCUGAAUUUGUGGAAGAAACCAAAGAUAGAAGCAUGAUAGCAAGUUGGUGUUGUCAAGAACAAGUGUUGAACCAUCCUUCAGUUGGAGGGUUUCUAACGCAUAGUGGGUGGAAUUCAACGCUUGAGAGUAUCUGUGCUGGCGUGCCGAUGAUCUCAUGGCCUUUCUUUGCUGAGCAGCCUACCAACUGUCGUUAUUGUUGUACUGAGUGGGGCAUUGGAAUGGAAAUUGAUAGCAAUGUUAAAAGGAAUGAAGUGGAGGAGCUUGUGAGAGAGCUCAUGGAUGGAGAAAAGGGUAAGAAAAUGAAGGAGAAUGUUAUGAAUUUGAAGAUUAAAGCUGAAGAAGCAUAUAAACCAGGUGGGUCUGCUUACAAGAACUUGGAUAGAUUGAUCGACGAAGUUCUUCUAUCAAACAUGAAGACGUUUUAGUUCAAAUAAUUAUUUUAAACUAUCGUAGAAUAGUGCAUGGUUUAUCCAAUAAAUUUUCCUGAUCAUAAUUUUGAUUGUUAUCUUUUGAGAAUAGUUUUUUAUAGGUUUUUGUAUGUUCUUAAUAAUGAACCUAAAUUCAUAGUA